ACAGAUUUGAAGAAUUAGCAUCAACCAUGCUUUUUAUAUUGAUAUAAAUUUUUCUAAAAUAAUUGCGGCCAGAAUGAAAACGUGCAAGUUGUGUAAAAGUAAAUCCGAAUCUGUUUUUGAGCCCAAGGAAUAUAUACUGGGCACAAAAAUUUCUGAUGUUAUAAAAUUUAUAUUUAGUGAUCAGUCGUUGGAGUUUCCACCAAAAUUUUUCAUAUGUUCUGCGUGUGCGGCGGCGUUGGUACAAACUGAAAUUGUGCUAAAGCGACUUUCGGAGGCUUUGCCACACAGCAGAAAUUUUGGAAAACUAAACUUAUCCAAUCAUAAAAACAAUGAUAACAACGAGGAGCCUCAGACCGAGCAGAAUGAUAUAAAUGAAAUUAGCAAAGCUUCGGCAUCUGAAACCUUUCUGAAGGAUUGGAUAUUUCGCUGUACCCAUUGCGAAUACACUACCAGAAAGCCUAAAUUGUACAAAACUCAUUUGACAACUAGACAUGAACUGAAUAAUCCACGCAUUUACCAGUGUAUGUAUUGUUCGGAAUCAUAUCAACGCAUAAACGCCAUACAAAAUCACAUCGGCAGCAUACAUGAAAAUAAACCGCGACAAAAACGUCAACGUCGAAAGACAAUUGCAUUUGAUUCGCCAAGUGUAUUAAGCAGUACAACCAUCAGUAAACAGAUGGAAAAUAACACUCCAGUCGGUAAUGUCAACAAUGAAGCAAAUGGUGUUAAUACAAAUAAUGAUAGUUAUCAAGCAGAUGUCAGCAAAAACUAUGAAUUUACAUGCAGUCACUGCAUUUAUAAAACAAUAUUUCCAAAACAUUUCAAGCGGCACUUAUCAGCUAAACAUAAUAUUGAAGACAUAAGAAUUUAUAAGUGCAAACGAUGUCCUAGUACGUAUGCACGACAAUUUGCUUUGAAUAACCAUAUCGCUUACGAACAUGAAAACAAACCUAAACCACAACGCAGAAAGUCAGUAGCUUUAGAACAAAGUAUAUUAACCAAAGACGAGUUGAUAAUACCGAAAGAAGAAAUUUCGGAUGAUAAUGACGACCUAAGAUGUGAACUUUGCCUUUAUCAAGCGCAAGACUCAAAAACGCUUCGAAAUCAUAUGGUAAUAUUGCAUCAAACUGAUAGUCUAAAUCAAAACAAUAACAAUAAUCAAAAGGACAACAAUUAUAAAAAUAAUGUUUAUUCGGAGAUCACAUAUGAUAAUCAAGAAGAACAGCAAGAUCAUGUAUUCCAAGAACCUUUUAAAAAACCACGUAAUCAAUUAAGUUCGAGUGAAAUAUCAUCUUCAGAAUGGGUCUUCCAAUGCCCACGUUGUGAUUUUGAAUGCGCCAAAAAGAAAGCAUUCAAAGCUCAUUUAAUUAAUGAACAUGGCAUAUAUGAUAGCGAUAUAUACAAGUGUAUUUACUGUUCGUCAACAUACGAUCGUUAUAGCUCGUUGCAGAAUCAUGUAGCAGUGAGUCAUAGCGUUGAUUUGACAGGAAUAGAAUCGGAUUCUAGUCAAGAUAACGUUGCAAAGAAACAAAAACUUAAUGGAACUGCAAAUAGUUUAGAAAAACACACUCUUGAAAACAGCAGUCAGGAGCAAAUGCCGUCAAAAAAACGUAGAAUGGAACGAGAAAGUAAAGAAUCUUGUGUUGUAUGUGGCAAGCUUUUUUCCACCGUGGACAAAUUGCGCGCUCAUAUGGACAAACAUCAUGGAGGCGACGAAAUCAAAAAGUGUCCGAAUUGUGAUGCACAAUUUCGUACGUUGGAGAAGUACGAGGCACAUCUGUUUAGCGAGAAAUGUCUCAACACUAAGUUAGCCUGCCAAUAUCCUGGUUGUCCGAAACGUUUUAAUAGACCAUCAAAAAUGCAACAGCACAUGCGUGAGAAACAUCCCGAUCUAAUAGACUAACGUUUAUUGGUUUUAAUAUAAUUUCUAUUUUUUGUUUAAUAUUUUGAACACGAUUACGUAUCCUCCAUGCUGAGUUUUAACUAGUAUCAAUAAAGGGUGCUAUCAAAAUA